AUGUUGCGAGAUGUAACAGAAGUGGAUUUGCUAUUUGGCGGCAAAGUGGUUGUUUUGGGUGGAGAUUUCCGCCAAGUUCUACCAGUAAUACCAAAAGGAACUAGACAAGAUUGUAUUGACGCAAGUCUGGUUAGAUCUACCAUAUGGCCAUGCCUUAAGAAAUUCAAACUCACACAAAACAUGCGAGCCAAAACGGAUCCAUCUUUUAGUGAUUUCUUGCUCAGAGUGGGCAAUGGCCUUGAACCUGAAAACCUAAAAGGCCAAAUAGCUGUUCCUACCUUUAUGACCCUAUCCCCAAAUACAAUCCAAACGCCCGUUCAACAACUUAUAGAUUUUGUCUUUCCAGAUCUCGAUAGUUACUUAAGUCAACCAUUGUCAAUGACGGAUUGUGCAAUAUUAACACCCAAAAAUGACUCAGUCGAUAUUAUUAAUGAACAACUCAUAAACAAUUUCCCAGGAAAAGAGUACUCGUAUGUUAGCGUUGAUGAGACCGUUAAUAAGGCAGACCAAGCUUUAUAUGUGGACUUCUUGCAUUCGGUGAAUCCACCUGGUUUACCGUCUCAUAUACUUAGUUUGAAAGAAAAUUGUCCAGUUAUGCUGUUAAGAAACUUGAAUGCAUCAAAAGGUAUGUGUAAUGGAACACGUUUGAUUUGUCGAAAGUUUGAAAAGCAUGUCAUAAUCGCUCAAAUAGCUGUUGGAGAACACAAAGGAGACUUUGUCUUUAUUCCACGUAUUCCGUUACGCCCUUCAGAUCCGAAGUUAUAUCCUGUUGAGUUUACUAGAAAACAAUUCCCGAUACGAUUAUGCUUUGCAAUGACCAUAAAUAAGGCUCAGGGACAAACAUUGGACAUUGUUGGCAUUGAUCUCCAUGAACCAGUUUUCUCGCAUGGACAGCUAUAUGUUGCUCUGUCUCGUGCUACUACAUCUGAAAAAAUAAAAAUUUUGGUUGGAUCAAGCGACUAUGAAAAAAAUGUACUUCCAUGCACUAAAAAUAUUGUUUUCCAUGAAAUUCUGGCUGAAGCACAAUCCAAUGACGUUGCUAUAAUAGAAGACAUCUGUGAUUUGUAA